UUGGUGCUACGAUUUAGAAAACAGAGACAGAGCAGGCAGUAAUUUGAGAUUAUAUAGUCCCUGUGCGAGUUAAUUUGUUACUUGGACCCGUGUUAUUGUGUUAAAUUACCCUAAUACAGUGUGUGUUUGCUGAAAUCGCUGCAACAACUCAGCCGGCUGAAGGUUUGGUGGUAGCUGGGUGGGCAUUAUCCCCAUUCAGCUAGUUAGCUAGCUAGCUAGCUAGCUAGCGGCCGUUAGCAGCCAGUUUUCACGCAGCACUUAAACAGAGAACAGGAUCGUUGUUUGUCUAUAGGCUGUUUGUUCUAUACCUGGAGUCAGUCAUGGAGAACGAUGGUUGUGUUGAACAGAAGAAUGGCGGAGAUGCGGCUGUGGACACAGCUAAACAACAGCCAGCAGCCACAGCUCCAUAUAGAUACACUAAGGAGGAGCUGCUGGAUAUAAAAGAGCUGCCAAUCUCCAAUGAAAGGCCAGAAUGUCUGUCAGAUAAAUAUGACAGUGAUGGUGUCUGGGAUCCUGAGAAGUGGCAUGCCUCGCUGUAUCCCACUUCAGAGCGUAACUCUCCAGUGGAAGGUUUUAAGAAGGACUAUGUGGAUGACAGAGUUCCUUUGAAACGAAGGAUCCCAGAUCCCCGUGAGCGGUUAAAGGAGGAUGAUCUGGAUGUCAUACUAAGCCCACAGCGACGCAGCUUUGGGGGUGGAUGUCAAGGCAACGCUGCACCUGCACUCCACAUCCGUCGCCCAAUCAGCCCUCUGGAAAAUAAGGAAAAUGAGACACUCCGUUUAGGAGGGGCGCGCAGGAUUGGCAGCGGCCGCAUAAUUGCUGCCCGAGCCUUUGAGAGAGAAGCCCGUGUGGAGAAGGAGAGGGAACGUGAGAGAGACUUUAAGGAUAAAAGAUUCAGGCAGAGAGAUUUUGGUGACAAACGUGUGUUUAGUGAAAGAAGAAGGAAUGAUUCGUAUGCCGAGGAGGAGCCAGAGUGGUUCUCAGGGGGUCCCACAAGCCAGUCUGAGACAAUUGAGCUCAUUGGAUUUGAUGACAAAAUCCUGGAAGAUGAUAAACGCAGGUCCAAGCGGUCAAGGAAGCGGACAGAGUCCUUAAAAGAAGUAGUGGAAUGUAAUGGUGGACAGGGUGACGAGAAAGAUGGGGGUUUGCAGUCUACAGCUGAUCAGGAGGUUCCCCACCCUGACGUGCUGCCGGAGCAGUCAACUGGAGACUUUGACUUCAAUGAAUUCUUUAAUCUGGAGAAGACCAUGCCGGGGCUGGCCUCUAUGAUAGAGGACGUUUUGGGGGAGGGCCCUGUGUCAGCUAGCCGCUUCAGUCAGUGGUUCUCCAGUAACCUGAGCCCUUCAGGCAGCCAGUCCAGCAGUCUGAGGUCCACUCCCCAUGAGGAGCUGGAAAAACUAGCAGGGCUUGAACCCCGCUGCACUUCCCCAAGCCAAGACCCCGUCCCAUACUUCACACCUAUUCAAUCAUCAGAGUGCAGGGAGAAGGUGGACAUCCUGGAGCUGCUGCACAAGGCCAAAAUAGACCUGAAGCCUCUUCUUUCCACCCUGUCAGUCAACAAGGCUCGUCUGCGGGAAAGCAGUGAGUCUAACACUGGAGCAGUGCUCUCGCUGGAGGAGGUGGAGGGAGAGAUGAAGGGGAUGAAGCUGGGCUCGGGACCUCAGGUGCGAAAGGUGGUGGCUCCGCAGAGAGGAAACGGGACUCCGUUCAUGGCGGAGCAUUUAGAGGAGGCUUUAACUGGUGGCUCCAGUGCCCGUCCACGUUCCCGUGACACAGACAUGUCAGCCUUUAAUAAACUGGUCAGCAGCAUGAAGGCAAGUGGAACUCUGCCAACUCACCCCAAAACCAACACAAACAAUCUGCAGCAACAUUCAGACCCGGCCGUGGUGACGAUGUCUGAAGCUCAGGUGCCUGCUCAGCAGCAGAAGAACAUAUUCCAGGAACUCUUAGGAUGUCCUGCUCGUAGUGGCUCCCCUACGCUACUGGGUAAUCUGUUGGGCAGCUCUGAGGGUCCAACGACCUCUGCCCCUCUACAUGGCCUGCUACACAAGGGCCCUUCACCCCCUCUGUUUCCACAGAGGGCACCCUCACCUGACUAUUUCAACAGUCGAUUGCAAUCUUCAGCAGGUUUUCCUGUGGGUCCUCAGUCCAUGCUGCAAGAUCAGUUUGCUGAUGUACACAGGUCAAUCAGCCCUGGAUCCACCACACAGCAGCAGAUGAGAGCACUCUCCAUGCCGGUAAAUCGGGCGGAUCUGGAAGCUCUGGCAUUCCAACAGGACCUCGCUCUACAUGUCCACCAUAUGCAGUCUGGCUACAACAAGCUGCCACAGGACAAAUCUUUUCGAAAUCGACCUCAGCGUGUUAAUCGGUCUCCUGGUCCAGGCCCUCAACCCGCUGGAAGAAACUCUCCAGGCAAUCCUGUCACUAGCAUGUUGUCCCCGUCAUUUACACCAACAUCUGUGAUUCGCAAAAUGUAUGCAACUAAAGAGAAAAGCAGAGAUGAGCCAUCAAGUCUAUCAGAGACCAAGGAGGAGACAGCAGUGCACACUCAAGAUGAAAACAGCUCCCCAAACCUAUAUCUGGAAAUGAUGGAUGGGACUGCUGCUCAGUCUGGGGGAGUAAAGGCCGGCUCUCACACCUUGCCAAGCAAGGACCAGGAGCGACUGAGGCCAGGCUCUGCUGGACAUCAUACGCCCACUAUGGUACCUCCAGGACCAUCCUCAUCUUACCCUCGUCCCAUCUAUCCAGUACCGCUGCUGUCCCACGUGCCGAUGGUACGCCCUCCUCCCCAGCUACACCCUAAUGUGGUUCAAAGAAUGCUGGCGCAGCCCCAGCAACUUGGGCCUGCUCUUAUGCAAGCAGGUAUAUUUCCACCACACGUUGACCUUGCACAACUUCAAGGCUUGCCUCCUACCCUACUUGGACAACCUCUGUACCCUUUAAGUGCAACAGGACAUCCACUUCUACCUCCCAGAGCCAGUACUCAGAUGCAGCUAGCAGUAAUGCAGCAGCAUCUUCAACAACAGAGACCAGUACAUCCGGGCAUUGCAGGCCCCCAGUCCCAGAGCCAUGCCCCUAACCGGACAAACUGCUCCCAGCAACAUGGGGGCAGCCCCCCACUAGGCCUCGCCAAGUGGUUUGGAUCAGACGUGCUAGAGCAGCCGCUCCCCUCCAUGCCAGCCAAGGUCAUAAGUGUAGAUGAAUUGGAGUUCCGGCCGUAAGAAAACACUGCGCUGGAUUGCAAGAUUUUUUUGUUGUUUUUUUUUUUUUUUGCCUCCAACCUCAUCAUUACCAUUAAAAAAUGUGAACUUUAAUUUGAGAGGCAGCACACAGACCUGGACAGUCUAACCAUGCUUUUGUCUUCAUCCUUGAAGUCACUGCUUCACUGCUUUGGAGGAGGCUUAUCAGCAGAAAAGGGAAGACAAGUGAUGGAUUUGUUAUUGCAGCUGAGUGAUUUUUUUUUUUUUUUCUCCUUUUUGUAUUAGACUCUCGCAGUAAAUUAUGUAUAGAGCAAUUGUACAGACCAUGGGAAAGAAUCUUAUUCUCCCUGUAUAUAGCUAUGGUUUCUUUAUCUUGUGAUGGGGAAGGUGAAACUAACCUGCAGUUCAAAUUAAAAACUGCGAGAGACAGUCACCAAGAGCUGGUAGCAUUCCUUUUGUCUUGUCACCUAUAAUUUCCCCCUUGAACUGCACUGAGAAAGGGCUACUGCUUGUGAAAAAUGAUGGAUCGACGAGUCACUUCAGUUGUAUACUCUCUCCUUCCUUUUUUUUUGGCAUGGCCCUUUUUAUGUAGAAGUGACAGGCUGGAGCAAUUCAAGACGACUCCAGGGGAUGCAUCAACUGCUUGGUUGUGCCUUUUUCAUUGAGUGUUUUUUUUUGUUUUUUUUUCUCCUUUUUAAACUGUAUCCUCCCACCAUCCAUACUGUCACCGGGGAGCAUCUCUGCUCACAUUGUAAUUUUUUUUCUUUUGUUCUUUUUGUGCAGGUGAUGGGGAUUCAGUUUAUGUGCGAUAAGUUAAAAGCACAAA